AUGACACUGGUCACUGCACAACAAACACAGCACAGCACGUCGAUCCCCCGCCCGUCGAUGGAUGAGGUCUUAGUGCCAGGAUUGAUGGCCCGGGCACUAGAUCAACAAUACCGAAAAGGCUUUUGUGAUUUUGUGGAUACAGUAUUCCCCAACAUAUAUUACAGCUACAGCACCCGUGUGGAACUUCCCUGGUUCGAUAUCGUUCAUGGUGAGCAAUGCACGGGAAAAGCGUUGGACUGGGGAGUUCGUAGCUUGGGGGCCUUCCAGCUGGGAAAAGCAAGUGGCAAGCAAGAACAGAUCCUUACCAGCCAAGAGAUGUAUGGCCGCGGGUUACGCCAUCUAGUUCAAAGCCUCAAGAGCUCUGCCGCUGCUAGCACAGAUGCUACCCUUGGGGCCGCAAUCCUCUUGGGCGUCUAUGAGCUGAUGAAUGCGACAGCGGAUAAGUCAUGGUUGUUGCAUUCGCGUGGGAUAUCUCAUCUCUUCCAGCUGAGGGGCGCAAAGGGCCAUACGAGGGGGUUUGGCCGUACCCUUCUUCUAUCGUUCCGGGGACUCCUAGUGUUCGAGGCAUUCACUCGAGGCGAGCCAUGCUUCUUGGAGACCGAGGAGUGGAGGUCAAUUCUUCCACAGGUCCUGGAGGACGAAGAGCGACGCGGCAGGAGCUGUCGGCUGGGUCAGCUGAUGGACUUUGCAUUCAAUGAGAUAGCACAGUGUCCUGGAUAUCUUGUCAAGACGAAAGUUCUGGUGGGCUCCUCGCGAGCCGCUGAAGCAGAGAGAGAGAAUCUGAUAUGCGCAGUCAACAAGAGUCGAGAGAUUCUGAGCGACGUGGAGACCCAAAUGCUGGCAGGCAUAAAGGCCGACCUCGAAGGGAAUGAAAAAGAGAGUCGGGAAUUCUUUGGGUUAAUACCCAGUUGGAUCAAGGACGACUCGGUAAGAUUCUCAGUUGAGGGUGUUCGCUCAGGGCUCGCGCUUCUCCGACAGUUAUCUGUUGUUCUGUCGGCCGAUCAAACCAGACAGAAAUCAGUAUCGCCGUGGUUGACACUCGGCCCCAAUCAUAAUGAGUGGGAGGUCGUAAAGGAUACCGACCAACUCGCUCGUCUAACCCAAGAGAGGUCUCGACUGCACCUAAUGGGCCCACGUCAACAGAGCAGCGGAAAGCUUUGGCAUGAUCGAAUUGCGUUAUCAAUGGGAAUGCCAGAAAAGGGUUGA